AUGCAAGCACAAGUGUCCUUACAAGAAGGAGGCAUGAGGAGAUUUCAGACACCACAAGAAGGCUAUGUGAGCAAUGAAGCAAAAUGCUAUGCUGCUUUGAAGAUGGAUGAAGGGACCAGGGGCCAAGGAAUGUUGGGCACAUUGCUAGGUAGCAGCAUAGAGCAAGGGCCCUUUCCUGACAGGGUGCACCUCCGCUGGGGAGAUGAGCAGUACACCACGUUGUACCAGUGCGAUAUUUAUGAGACGUGCAGGGAAAGAGACAUGCAGGGUGCAGUGAGGGCAUUCAGAAUAGUCCAGCGUUUGACCUACCGUUGUAGGCUGUCCUAUAAUACAAUCUCUAACAAAACUAGGCUGUCCCGAACCCCUGGUAAUAGAAUCAUUUACCUUUAUACCAAGAAGGUUGGGAAAGCACCAAAAUCUGCAUGUGGUGUGUGCUCAGGCCAACUUCAGGGAGUUCGUGCUGUGAGACCUAAAGUCCUUAUGAGGUUGUCCAAAACGAGAAAACACGUCAGCAGGGCCUACGGUGGUUCCAUGUGUGCUAAGUGUGUUCGUGAUAUGAUCAAGCGUGCUUUCUUUAUCGAGGAGCAGAAAAUUGUUGUGAAAGUGUUGAAGACCCAAGCACAGAGUCAGAAAGCUAAAUAA